AUGGAGCAAAAUCCUUUACAGAUAGAAGAUGAACAAUCCGACAAAUAUCAUCCAAUCGUUCCUUUUUUGGCAGUUGCAGUUUCUUUUUUGCUUGUGAAAUUCGUUGUAAGUGAGUUUGUUGUCAAAAAAAUAGCCAUACACUUUGGAUUAAACAAUGGAAAUGAUCGACAAAAAUCAUCAGAAUCAUUAGGGGAUGAAGGUAUCUUAAUUCAAAAUGAAAGGAAGAAGUCAUCAAGUCAGAAGAAACACUCGAACUUUGAUAAAUUUUGUGAGAGUGGGAACAAGUUUGUAUGGUAUACCUUUAUAUGGACAUAUGGCCUAAUAAUGCACUGGAACAAACCGUGGGUAUGGGAUAUUGAAUCGUGCUGGAGAGACGUUUCAAAUAAUUGGCCUCUCGAUGUUUGGUACUACGGUGUCUUCUUAACAGCCUAUUAUCUAGAAGCGUGUACAAUGCACUUUCUAAGCGUAAGGCGUAAGGAUUUUAUGAUAAUGCUUAUCCACCAUAUUUGCGUUAUGGGCAAUGUAGCAGUAGUGUGGUAUUAUAAUCUUUACGCAAUCGGUACUUUAGACAUUUUUUUGCACGAUUUUGCUGACAUUUUCAUUGAACUUGCUAAAUGUUUAAAAUAUCUUAAAUUUACAGUUAUUACAAACGUUAUCUUUGCUUUGUUCGUAGUGUCAUGGAUAGUAACUAGAUUGUAUCUCUUUCCGAUGUAUGUUGUGAGGUCUGGUAUCGAAGAUCGGUAUGGGGUAUUAAGAAAUAUCUCUUUGUAUUACUAUUGGAAUGGAACCAAUUUAGUUUUGAUGUGUCUGCAUACCAUAUGGACAUAUCUAAUUUUAAGAUCAGUCAUGAGAUCCAUUCGAAAAGGAGUUGCUGAAGAUGAUAGAUCUGACGAUGAAGAUAAUAUCAAAGAUGAACAAAAAAAGGAAUAA